AUGAUAGAAUUACUCUGGGAGUGGAUGCUCCAACACUCAACAAUAACGAGGCUAUCAGUCCUGAUCAUCAUUGUCCUCUAUCUCUACGUGGUAAUCACGGUGGUGUACCGGUUAUGUUUUCACCCUCUUCGCAAGUUUCCUGGACCAAAGCUUGCGGCUGCGACGUUUUUAUAUGAGCUGCGCUUCAACUAUGACGGAACAUUUAUUUGGAAGCUUGAACGUCUUCACAAUCAAUAUGGUCCAAUUGUCCGCAUUACACCAAAUGAGUUGCAUAUCAAAGAUGCUUCAUUCUAUGAUGAAAUUUAUGCCGGUAGUGGACGUAUUCGCAAUAAAGAUGAGCGUUUUGUCAAGACAUUCUCAGCACCUCAUGCAAUGGUGUCCAUCACAGAUCAUGCCUAUCAUCGCGUGCGUCGUGGCCUGUUGGGAGAAUUCUUCUCACAGAGAUCUGUGAUAAAGAUGGAGCCUAUUAUCAAUGGCGCUAUUGAAAAGCUCUCUCAGCGGCUUCAUGAGGCAUGCCAGACAGGAGCAGUAAUCAACAUGGACGCUGCGUUUGCUGCCAUGACAGCCGAUGUGAUCACGCGCCAUGCCUGGGGUCAAAGUGGUAAUUAUCUAGACCAUGGAAACUUUAACAAACAGUGGAAAGAUGCCGUGGCGGGGACUAUGGCCAGCCGUGUCUUGUUCCGUCAUUUCCCUUACAUGUUGCAUAUCCUCAUGGCUGUUCCGUUACCUAUUCUUCUGAAGCUGGACCCGGGAGUGGCAGAUAUUCUUAAGAUCGAGGGCCUAGUUCGUCGACUCUCGGUAGAGAAUGUCAACCGUGGUAUAGUCGAGAAACAGGAGGGAAAAACUAUCUUUGAUGCCCUUAAUAACGUUAGCGUGCCUCCGGAACAGCGAACCGCGAAACAUCUAAUUGACGAAGGACAUAUCCUCCUGCUAGCCGGAACAGAAACGACUGCCAAGGCUCUCAGUACAUGCCUCUGUUAUUUACUGUUGGCCGAGAAUAAGAAUGUUCUUCUCGCCUUACAAUCAGAGCUCCGACAAGCUUUUCCUAACGUUUCGACCUGGCCAAAAUGGACAGAAGCCCAGAAGCUUCCAUACCUUACCGCGGUCAUUAAUGAGUGUCUUCGCCUGUCUCAUGGACUGAGCACUCGCCUACCCCGGACUGCACCAAAGGAGUCUUUACAAUAUAAACAGUGGCAUAUUCCAGCAGCAACCCCCGUGAGCCAGACCGCAUACUUUGUUCAUAUGGACCCAUCUAUAUUCCCAGAUCCUGAAAGGUUUGAACCUGAACGCUGGAUAAGAGCUUCAAAAGAAGGCCUCCAUUUAGAAAGAUACAUUGUCUCUUUCUCCAAGGGAAGUCGGCAGUGCCUUGGCAUCAACAUGGCCUAUGCCGAGAUAUUCCUCGCCCUUACUCAUAUCAUGCGUAAUUUUGAAUUUCAACUACAUGAUACUUCGGUUGAUGACGUUCGUCUCUUUCGCGAUCGUUUCUUUGGCGCGGCGCAGGACGGUUCAGUAGGGGUGCGUGUCCUUGUGAACGAGGUGAAGUACUGA